AUGCACGGGCCAGCGAAAGGCCUAUUCUUUGCCAUUUGCUAUCCCAUUCUCGCUGUUAUUGGUGCCCCUGCCAACUUGCUGGGGAUCAUAAUCUUAUCCCGAGGACGGUGCGGACUUUCCCGGUGCAUCAGCUACUACCUGGUGGCUAUAGCAGUGAGCGAUUUCCUGGUCAUCAUCACUGCUGUCAUCGUCAACCGGAUUGGCCGCAUCUACUUUCCGGACAGUGUCUUCUCCACCACUCCCGCAUGCACACUCAGCAACUUGCUGGUCUUUGCCACCCGGGAUGGCUCAGUCUGGCUGACUGUCGCCUUCACAAUCGACCGUUUCGUGGCCAUCUGCUGUCAGAGCCUGAAGGUCAGAUACUGCACUGAGAAAACUGCAUUGCAGGUUAUAGGAUUUGUCAGUGCCAUGAGCUGCAUGAGGAACAUCCCUUACUAUUUCACCUACCAGCCUUUGUACAUCCAGGAUGGGGUGCCCUGGUUCUGUGACCUCAAGUCCAGCUAUUACACUUUGCCCUUCUGGCAGGUCUAUGACUGGCUGGACAACAUCUUAACCCCAUUCCUCCCGUUCCUCCUCAUUCUGCUGCUCAACGCCCUGACCGUAAGGCACAUCUUAGUGGCCAGCAGAGCCCGCAGGAGGCUCCGGGGCGCCGAGAGUCAUGGAGACGCAGAGAUCACCAACCGCAAGAGGUCCAUUGUCCUGCUUAUCGCCAUCUCGCUCAGCUUCCUCCUCCUGUGGGCCAUCUAUCUCGGACAUUUCCUCUACGUGCGGAUCACAGGCGAGGGCUACAUCAUCAGCCUGGAUUUCAAUGACCCGCAGUACAUCCUCCAGGAGACAACCAACAUGCUCCAGUUAGUCAGUUCCUGCAACAACAUCUUCAUCUAUGCAGUGGCCCAGAGCAAGUUCCGGGAAGAGCUGAAGAAGGUGCUGAUGUGUCCCUUUACCACGGUCACUGGUUGUUUCAAACAGUUAAAACACCUUAUAGACAGCGGUAUUCGCGACCCCAGGCCACCCGAACCGUCUUUCCCGGUGAAUAAAGUGUUUUCUGAGAAUCGCUGA